AUGCUUGGUGCUUUCAGACAAUUAAUGCAAGCAUUUAAUGAGAGCGUUGACGUGAAAUUUGAAGACACACAGCAAAAGGCUGCCAAGGUUUGGGGCGCAAUAUUUAAGGAUGAAAACUGGCUCGAAGCUGUAAUGAAUUCUAAGUCAAGGGGUCAUUUCUGUCAUCCUGCCCUCAUAGGCUAUAACGUUAUGAAACUCUAUAAUGCGUAUCAAGGUCGAGUGUUUCUUGUCCUUGCAAUCAGGGAUGAUGCCGGCGAGCAUACAGAGAUUUCCGAGCUAUUAAGAUCCCUGAAGCCUCACGAAUAUAAUGAGCGUACUGGUGAAGUGCACAUCAAUGGGACCAACAUAACAAUCGGCCUGGAAAAUAAUUCAGACAUAAUACGCAUAAAUCGCCCACAAAUGUUGUUUAACACGAGAUACUCUCAACUAGAGACCGCCGCUCUAUAUUACAGCAAAAACACGCCCACUAAAAUAAACGAUGAUAGUAUAGGUGGAAUUCUGAAAAAGAAUAGGCCACUUAUUGUAUUCAAGAGAAGGAGAGCCUCUAGUCUGCAUGAUUCAGAGAAUAGGAUUUUCGUUUCCAAAGCGGUAUGA